AUGUCGUCCUCCAGGUCAUUGACCAUCCUCACAGCGGCGGACGUGGACCGCGUCCUCGCCUCGCUGGACCUUGACAAGGCCAUAGCGUCCCAAGCGGCUGUUUUCGACGCGUUCUCCGCUGUCCCCUCCUCCGCCUCCACGCCUGAAAAUGGUGUCCCGCCUAUACAAAAUCCGCACCGGACUACUAUCGAGACGGAACAGUCUACAAGUCUGUUCAUGCCUGCCCGAGUGACCGAGCUGGGCGGGGCGACAUGCAAGAUCGUCUCGGUGCCAAAGGCCUCGGCUGGGCCGAAUGAGGGCGGAUUGCCGGCUGCAACGGUGGUGCUGGAUGAUAAGGGGGUCGUGAGAGGUUUGGUGAAUGCUAGGAAGCUGACUGCUAUGCGGAACGCUUGUGGAUCGGCCCUCUUUCUGCGCCGGUGUCCUCCAGCCGGCCCGAUCACACAAUGCGUCUUCUUCGGCUCAGGAGAGCAGAUCUACGCGCACGCCUCGGUCUUCCUGCGUCUCUACGGAUCGAUAGUGAGGUGCACAUUCGUUGUUCGGUCGAAGAACGAACGCGCGGUUGGGCUCGUACGGCGACUGGAAGCGGAACAUCCCGCUAUCACGCUGUACCUCCGGUCAGCAGACAGUGCAGACACGUCGCCUUCAAGCGCGCUAUCAGAUCUGCUUUUCACCGCUCAGGUCAUCGUGGCUGCCACAUCAUCGCAGAAGGCGCUCUUUCCGACAUCGUCGGUCCGGCCGGGCACGCGGGUCAUCCUCAUCGGGUCUUACAAGCCACACAUGCGCGAGGUGGAGGACAGCCUACUGCGUCGGGCGUCGAGGGUGGUGGUGGACUCCAAGAAGGCCUGUCUACAGGAAGCAGGGGAGCUCAUCUCGGCGGGUAUAACGGAGGAGGAUCUGGAAGAGCUGGGAUCGAUGAGGGAGGGUGGGAAGCCGGUGAGAUCGAGGGAGGAUAUCGUACUGUUCAAGAGCGUCGGACUGGGAGUACAGGACGUCGCGAUCACCAAGCUAAUAUUGGACGAGGCGAUCAAUUUGGGUAUCGGGACUCAGAUAGCUGCCUUCGAUUAA